UGUAGAUUGGUGAUAUAUAGAUACACUAAUUACUGGCACUUGCACAAUAAGCUAGCUGUACUCCCAGAAGGAGUGUACAACUUGGUUCUAUUCAGUUGAGAAUGGAUAAGAGUUGGAUGCGAGCAGCAAGGUCUUCCGUCGAGUAUUCUGAAGGAACUACCAACUUCAUAAAUUUUUCUUUUCGUACGUCAGCAAAAAACAGCAGGAUUCUCUGCCCUUGCAAGAUAUGUGCAAACUCUCGCUGGUUAGGUGAACUUGAAGUCUAUGAUCAUUUGAUUUAUGAUGGAUUCAUGGUUGGAUAUACCACAUGGAUUCAUCAUGGAGAAACUAUGCGGCCCUCUGAAACAACUUCAGGUCCUAGUUCACAGUUUGAAGAAUAUGUUGAUAGUGAUGAGAUGGAUGAGAUGCUACUGGAAGGAUUUGGGAUGUACGAUACUCGUACUUUAGGAGAGGAGCAAGAAUCUGAAGAUGAUUUGGACGACGAUGCUGAAGAAUACUACAGAUUAGUUAAUGAUGGACGCCAAGAGCUGUACCCGGGUUGCAAAAGAUUCUCGAAGCUGCAAUUUUUGGUGAGGUUGCUUCACGUCAAGAAUAUGAGGGGAAUGAGCAAUGUCUGCUUUGAUGAGGUAUUGACACUAAUUAAGGAAGCACUUCCAGAAGGUCAUGCCUUGCCCAAAAAUUUUCAUGGGGCCAAAAAGUUUGUGAGAGCCAUUGGUAUUGGAUAUGACAGUAUAGAUGCAUGCAAAAAUGAUUGCAUUCUAUUUAGGAAGGAACAUGAUGAUGCCAUAUCAUGUCCAGUGUGUGGCACAAGUAGAUGGAAGAGCGUAAAUACUGGAGUUGAUGGAAGGCGUGUCCACAAGGUGCCUCAAAAGGUGGUUCGCCAUUUCCCGCUAAAGAAGAGACUCCAAAGGUUGUUCGCUUCUACAAAGACAGCAUCAGAUAUGAGGUGGCACAGCGAAGGCCGCACAAAGGAUGGCUUGAUACGACACCCAGCAGAUUCACCUGCAUGGAAACACUUCGAUGCUACUCAUGAAGACUUCAGUUCAGAAGUUUGCAACAUUAGACUUGGAUUGGGAGCUGAUGCUUUUAACCCUUUUGGAAAUACGAAUCUCUCAUAUAGCAUAUGGCCCAUCAUCUUGAUCCCCUACAACCUUCCACCAUGGAUUUGUAUGAAGCAAUCAAACUUUAUCCUCUUUGUCAUCAUCCCUGGUAAAAAAUCUCCAGGAAAAGACAUGGAUGUCUACAUGCAGCUGACCAUAGAUGAUCUUUUGGAGCUUUGGAAUGAUGGAGUCUAGACUUAUGA